AUGCCUGGUGACUGGGGUUUAGCAAAGUAUGUGAUCAUAGGAGGAGCACAAGGGAAAUCGGUGUAUGUGCCAAAUGUGCCUGUAUGCAAGCAUUCGGUCAUCCCUUGCAAUACUGUAGUAGUGGGUUCAAGAAAGAAAAAUUGCAACUUUUUAUGUAAAUGUCCAGAUGAGUUUGGUUAUAAGAACAGCCAUACCAGCAUAGGUCAAAGCUCCACCUCACCUAAUAGCCCAUCCUCCAUCCUGGCCAACACUAGAUGGUUAACUGCUGACUCUUGGGGUGUAUACAGGACACAAGUUGCAGCUAGUGCAUCUAUUCAAAAUGAAAAUUACAGGUAUUUACAACAGGAAAAACUUCUAGCUACCUGCCGUGAAUUUAUUUUGGAAAGCUCAGAUUUGAAAGAAUAUGCAGAGCACUGUACAGAGGAUGGGUUUAUUCCAGCCUGCUUGUUGUCCCUGUGUGGAAAAAACUUGACAACUAUUCUUAAUGAAUAUGUAGCCAUGAAAACAAAAGAAACAACAAGUGAAGUUCCAGCAAUGAUGUCAUCUCUGUGGAAAAAAUUAGACUAUACACUUUCUCAGAUCAGGAGCAUGCAGAAUUCCACAGGAUUUUCUGCUAAUCAAAGGACACGUACAAGAAGUGGAAUUGUAGAAAUGAAAAGACAGAGAAUGCUUCAGCAAUCAGCUCCUGCAAACUCAGGAUUGUUGUCUGUAGCCCAUCAGUCAGGGCCACAGAAUUCCUCUUCUCUUGUAUCUCCUCAAGUUAUUCACAGGCCAACAAUAAAUCAAAGCAUGUCACAGGCAAGACUGAAUACGUUGUUUGUGCACCAGUCACAAACCCAAGACAACAAGAUCAGCACAGGAGAUUUCAUACACAUUCCUGUUCCAUCAUCACAAGAACGAAAGCUUCAUUCAAACUUGCUUUCUCCAGGAAGAAGAAAAAGUGAAUCUCAGAAGAGGAAAAGCAUUGCAACAUCUGUACCUCCUUCAGCAACUAGAAGUUCUCAAGACUCUGAUGAAGUAUGUGUUUUCCAGCAACUGGUUAUUGAAAAUGCCAGAGAAAAAAUCUUGAGCAACAAAUCUCUUCAGGAGAAGCUUGCUGAGAACAUUAACAAAAUCCUGGGCAGUGAUGGCAAUGUUGCUCAGGCCCCUAAACAGACAGACAGUGGCCCCACAGAACAGGAGACUUCAAUUGAUGAAAUUCUUGGACUUCAGGGUGAAAUUCAUAUGUCAGAAGAGGCUAUACAGGACAUUCUAGAACAGACAGAAUCAGAUCCAGCUUUUCAGGCACUCUUUGACUUAUUUGAUUAUGGAAAGAGUAAGGUAAACAAGAACUUACCUGCUGGUAUUUCUGGUCAGAGUGGAGUAGAAAAUGCAAUUCUGGUGGAUGAGGAUAACCUGGAAACACUGGAAAGUUCUUUAGGAACAGAAGAAACUAGCAGAUGUGAUAAUUCUAGAGAAUCAUUAUCCUGUAAAGGUUUUCAGUUAGGAGAAGCAUCAUGUGCCUUGAAGACCAGCAUUAAUAAUGAUGAUAUGAGUAAGAAAAAUACAACCAACGAACAGUUGCAUGGAAAUUGUAGACCAAGGAAGCAAACUGAAGUGCUUAAAACUGUUACCCCUGAACAUAUUGGAGAGCUUGAAAUUGCUUUUGACUCUGUGCCUGGUUUGACUGAACCUAACAAGAGACAGAGUUCUGAUAGUGAAUGUAAUGAACACUGUGGAGAUUCUUAUGAUAAAAAAGAGUCAUCUGCAUUAGUAUCUGAAAGAGCUAUGGAAAUUGAAAAAGGCCCACUAAGUCAUAGUACUCAAAGUAGUCCUAAUUUAGAAUAUGUUCAUUCUGGUAGUUUGCAGAUUUCUUUGGCAGAAGGUACUAGUGGAAACGAAACACAUUCUGGAAGUAAAUGUCACUUAUCACCAAAUACAUCACUAUCUGAAAAAACACUUACUGAAACCCCUUCUGAUGGGAGCCCUGGCCACAGUGUACUGCUGAGAAAAAACAAUUCAUCAAUUCCUAGCCCAUCAGCAGAUGCAGGAAGAGAACAUGCUGUAACAAACAAUACAGCUGCCUUACCUGGUAUUUUACAGGAGGACUCUAGCCACUCCUCUAACCAUCAGGAACAGAGUAUGCAGUCAGACUGUGCUGCCAGAUCUGCAGUGAAGAUUUCAGAUCUUGACAAAACAGAGUUGCAGCUUGAAGUUGUUGAUACUUCUAACAAAACUUAUUCAAAUGAUCAUACACUUGAUAAGCCUUGUGAGAAAGAUUUUAACCUCCCUUCAGGACUGCCAAACUCAGAGGGAACACGAGGGGAAAUGCAAGAACCUUCAUCUUCUACUAAAGUAGAUGCUGAUAAUAUAUAUUUCUCUUCUGGUGAUGAUGCAUGUACAGAAAUUUCUGUAGUAUCCACUGAAAAUAAUCUUACUGCGUCUGAAAUAUGCCACUCUCCUCUCCCAGAAACUGCAUCCUCAACAGAUGAGUCAGGUACCGAGGCCAAAAGUAUAAGUGGUGUAUCUUCUAGCAGUCAACCAAUGGAUGUUGAUCCUUCCAACAUAAUGUCCCUCAAGAUCAUCAUCAGCGAUGAUCCAUUUAUUUCCUCAGACACGGAGUUAAAUAAUGCUGUUUCCAGCAUCACAGGAGAAAAUUUGCCAACUAUAAUACUGUCUUCUCCAGCCAAAUCCCCAGCCAAAACUGCAGGCCUGUCCAAAUGUCUAACUUCAGAAGACACUGAAAAAAAUGUGGAUUCAGCUUUGGCAGAGCAGAAUCUUCUCAUGCUUAGACCUAAGGAUCCUGUGGUCACCUCAGUUAACACUCAGAAUGAAGACUGCACUGUUUUUUCAGUUGCAGGUGCAACUAAUCUUUCCAAGGAAGGGGGAUUUAUACAGUUGAUGCCAGCAACGAGCACAGCUUUUGGGAAUUCAAACAACCUUUAUAUAGCCACCUGUGUGACUGAUCCAGCUACCCUGGGCACAGCUGUAACACCAUCAAAUGUAGUUGUAUUGCCCGGCAAUUCUAUGCCGCUUGCUGCCCAAGCUCCAGCUGUACAACAGUUACGGACUCCUCCUAGAUCCAGCAAUACAUUUGCAGCAAACCAGACUGUCUCCCCAAACUUCCCACAAGGUUCUGCCAUUAUAAUUGCAUCUCCAGUGCAACCUGUCUUGCAAGGAAUGGUGGGAAUGAUACCUCUCUCAGUAGUAGGACAAAACGGAAAUACAUUCUCAGCACCGGCCCGCCAGGUUCUACAUAUGCCUGUGGCUAAUCCAGUGUGCAACAGAAGCGUCCCAAAACUUCCCAUCCCUCCCAAAUCACAAAAGAUUCCUGGAGCAAGGAACAAGAAUAAUACAGGAAAAUUGGUACCAAGUGUAGCUGAGCCUUUGAACCAUACAAAUCCUCGAACACAAAGGACUGGAAAUUCAGACAAGCUUAUCACUGCAGAACUAGGAAGGAAAGUGGAGGAGAACUUACCUGUUGCACCAGUAGAGAGCACAAGCGCAAACUCAAGACAAAGUGAAAGCCACAGGAGAGUGCUUUGCUUUGAUAAUGUCCUACCUGCUCCAGGGGGAAAUGCCCAAAUUCAGACUACUAAGAGUUUAUCCCAAAAAGAAAGAAAUGAAAAUACCUUAUUUGCUGCUGACUCCGCAUCAUCCUCUGCUAAGGCACAGGUAGCAAAGAGAGAGAAGGAUAAAACGUUGCCUAGAAUUCUGUGUAAGCCAGAAGUUGGUAGCAACAGAAGCACAUCUGCAAAAGAGCCACAGCCUGAACGGAAGGUGGCAGCUGCAGGGCUUCCAUUAGAUCCCUUCCACAAGACUACAGCAAAUAAAGAAAAUGAAUUACGAAGGGAUACUGAUGAAAAACAGAAGAACCAGGACACUGCCAAACUCUCAAAUGGCCAACAAAGUGUUAGCUUAUGGAAUGAGAAGACGGUUGCUUCAGUGCAAGAGCUGAACAAAAAGCAAGGAUCGCUGUCGAAUGGGAAUGGCAAAUCUUCAGUGUCCGUUUCUUUGUCUUCAAAGGAGCCAAAGCGAGAACCAGCUAAAGUUUCCAACCAAGGCCUUUGCCUGUCAAGUCCGUUCACUAAACAAUGUGUGGAAAUGUUGCAAGACAUCCAGUGGCAUAGCCCGAACAGUAAAACAGUUGAAAACGGAGAAUUGCCAGUACCCCGUACGCCGUCUGGAGUUGGGGACAGGCAUACAGAUGAUACUACAGAUAGCGUACGGACACCGACCUGUCGGCGCUUCAACGAGGAUAGCACAACCCCUAGAAUAAUGGUACCCCCUGCUACUCCAGACUUGCCUGCCUGCAGCCCGGCUAGUGAAACAGGUAGCGAAAAUAGCGUCAGUAUGGCUGCUCACACACUGAUGAUACUGUCACGGGCAGCUAUUGCAAGGACUAGCACUGCAACCCCCCUGAAGGACAAUACUCAACAGUUCAGAUCUUUGAGGAGUACAGUAAAGAAAAGGAAACUAGAGGACUUGAACGAGGGUGAGAGAAAUUCUCGUUCUACAAAUAGAAAAGACCUUCAAAGCUCUCCAACACCAUCAAAAAAGAAGAAAAUAAAG